CUAAAUUCACUGUAUUUUCUCUCUUAUUCUCACCGACCUCCCUCUCCAAGUGUAACUUCUCUAACCCUCUCAACAACUAUUAAAAACCCUUUCCUUCAACAAUCCCCCACCUCUUCUCAAGGUAUUUGCCUUUUUCCUCCCUAAUUUGUGCAAUUCUAGCAAAAAAGGAAGCACCUUUCUGCCAAAUUCCAUCAAGAUGUGCGGUGGCGCCAUCAUCUCCGGCUGCAUCUCUCCAUCUAACGGGCCGAGGAGGGUCACCGCCGGCGACCUGUGGCCUCAUCUGAGCAAGGGACAGCUGUAUGGCUCUCAGAAGAAGUUUGUAAAUGAUCGGGCGGUCGAGAUUGAACAGGACGAUGAUGACGUUGAUUUUGAAGCUGAUUUCCAAAAGUUCAAGGAUCGUGAGCAGGAGGAGUUUGAUGAGAUUAAGCCCUUGUCUUUCCCCACGAAACCAGCUGCUGCUAAAGGCUUUUUGAAACCUGUUGAGUUAAAGGAACCUACUGAGAAACCUGGCAAGAGGAAGAGAAAAAAUCAAUACAGGGGCAUUCGUCAGCGUCCAUGGGGAAAGUGGGCAGCAGAGAUAAGAGACCCUCAAAAAGGAGUUCGAGUUUGGCUCGGCACAUUCAACACCGCUGAAGAAGCUGCACGGGCUUAUGAUGCUGAAGCCCGUAGAAUCCGAGGCAAGAAAGCUAAGGUGAAUUUUCCCGAGGAUGCUCCAAAACCAAAACCAGCUUCCUUUAAAGCACCAAAGCCUGAUCUCUCCAAGAAUCUAGACUUCAAACCUGACCCUGAGUUCUACUCUACUUUUGGAUUCUUCGAGGAGAAGAACGCUGGUAAACCCGAGUAUGCAAAUUCCUUCACUUUCCAGUCUGAACAAGGGAGCAACUCUUUGGAUUGUUCUGAUUUUGGUUGGGGAAAUGAGAUUAAUAAGACACCAGAGAUCACUUCAUUUUCUAGCCCUACCAUAAUUGAAGGAAAUGAAUCUGAGAUCACUGAAUGUGGCAAUGCUAAUCCAGUGAAGAAGCUCAAGAAUAAUUCGGGAGAGGCAGUUUUUGCUAAUCAAGAUGCAGUGGUGAAACUCUCAGAGGAGCUUUCUGAACUUGAUUCCUAUGUGAAGUUUCUGCAGGUCCCUGAUUGCUCAUUUGAGACAUUUGAUGGCGUCUUUGCUCAGGACGGUUCUGAUGCUGUUGACCUCUGGAGCUUUGAUGACAUGCCAAUUACGGGCUGCUUUUAAAGUCUCAGCUGUAAAGAAGUGCAACAAUGAGUUUCAUUCAUGGAAGUGUUGGGAACAAGAAAUGUUAGCUGGCUUCAGUAGAGUUUAUUAAAAUAUCAGUUAAUCGAACUAUGUCGGGUUAUUUGUUGUCCAUUCAUGUAAUGUGUCAUCCUGUUAUUAGUGUUUCUGUUUCCAUUUCUAGACCUGUGUCGUAUUUUGUAACUGUUGUUUAUCGGUAGUAAUUUGGGGAGCUGACUAUAUUUAUGGCUUUCUGUGUAAUUCUGACUGUUGUUUGCAAUGUGAACAGAUGUUGGUAAUCUAAAUAAUUUUGUGAAA